CCGCCGGCCGGAACUGGUGUGGUUUCUGGUCUUCGGAUUUCACAUUCCACCUGGUCAAGAGAGCCUCCUUUGAAAAGCAGAAACUUGGGAAUCUUUUAAAAAAUAUAUAUAAAUAUUUUUUAAAAUAUUUAUUUAUUUAUUUAUUAUGUAUACAAUAUUCUGUCUGUGUAUAUGUCUGCAGGCCAGAAGAGGACACCAGACCUCAUUACAGAUGGUUGUGAGCCACCGUGUGGUUGCCGGGAAUUGAACUCAGGACCUUUGGAAGAGCAGUCAGUGCUCUUAACCACUGAGCCAUCUCUCCAGCCCCCAUAAAUAAUUUAUAUAUUAUAUGUUAGUAUGUUUAUAUUAUAUUUUUUUCAAUUAUGUGUAUGUGUGUUGGCUUUCACAGAAACAGCAGAUCGUCCGGAGCUGAAGAUAUAGGCUGUUAUGAGGUGUCAGGCUUGGGAGCUGGGGCAAACUCUGAUCUUCUGCAAGAGCAGCAUAUGCUUUUAACUGCUGAGCUGUCUCUCCUGCUCUCCCAUCCCUUUUUUGAACAGUUCCUCUUAAUGCAACCCUGACCAGCUGGAAUGCGUUUAAAAAAUAAAAAUUCAGGUUGACUUCGAACUCUCAGAGAUCCCUCUGGCUUGGCCUCCUGCAUCAUGCGGUUCAGAAAGUCAGGGCUCUUACUGUAAAGGAUUUUUAGGCUAGGUAACAAAGUCGUUGUAGCUUAAUCCCGGCUCACUGUUUUAGUGAUUCGUGGUUCGUUGAUUGGUUUUGUUGAAUCACUGCUGGAAAUCUACACUCCCAGCCCCUUUGGACCGAUUUUGGAUAAAGCAGUUUCUGUCUUAAGGGAUUUGACUCAAUUCAUGGCUUCACUCUCUCUUGCUGAAUUGUAACUGAUGUCUGUGGAUUGUGGCUGCCCACCAGUCAACUGUUUCCAGAGUGAUAGUGUGUCUUGACGAAUGUGACCCCAGUAAAGCAGAAAACCUGCCCUGGACCUCCGGGGGCUGAAAUCAGGAGGAAGGGCUAUGCAAAUGAGCAUCCCUUCCUAUAAAGGGCUCCUUCCCACCACCCUGGCACCUUUGGCUGCUGAAGGGAAGAACAGGAUGGAUGUGCCAAGGUGCUGCCUCCCUCUGUUGGUGCUGAGUGCUGUGCUGGCUGUGGGGGCCAUAGAAGGAUCCAGGGACCAGGACUGGAUUGGUGUCCCACGGCAACUUGGAACUAAUGCCUGGAACAGGCAGCUGUACCCCGAGUGGACGGAGGUGCAGUGGCCGGACUGCUGGAGAGGGGGCCAGGUGUCUCUGGAGGUCAGAAAUGACGGGCCUACGCUGGUUGGUGCAAAUGCCUCCUUUUCCAUUGCCCUGCAGUUCCCUGAGAGUCAAAAGGUACUGCCAGAUGGGCAGGUUAUCUGGGCCAACAACACCGUCCUCAAUGGGAGCCAGGUGUGGGGAGGACAGCCCGUGUAUCCACAGGAAACUGAUGAUGCCUGCAUCUUCCCUGAUGGCGGACCCUGCCCGUCUGGUCCUCAGCAUCCAAGAAGAAGCUUUGUCUAUGUUUGGAAGACCUGGGGACGAUACUGGCAAGUUCUGGGGGGCCCAGUGUCCAGGCUGAGCAUUGCAACAGGCCACGCGAGGCUGGGCACACACACCAUGGAAGUGACUGUGUACCACCGACGGGGGGCCCAGAGCUACGUGCCCCUUGCUCACGCCAGUUCCACCUUCACCAUUACUGAUCAGGUCCCCUUCUCCGUGAGUGUGUCCCAGCUGCAGGCCUUGGACGGAGGAAACAAGCACUUCCUGAGAAAUCAGCCUCUCGUCUUUGCCGUCAAGCUCCAUGAUCCCAGCGGGUAUUUGGUUGAGGCUGACCUCUCCUACACCUGGGACUUUGGAGACAACACUGGGACCCUGAUCUCUCGGGCAGUUGAGGUCACUCACACUUACCUGGAGUCCGGCUCAGUCACUGCCCAGGUUGUAGUGCAGGCUGCCAUUCCCCUGGUUUCCUGUGGUUCCUCCCCAGUCCCAGGUACCACAGAUGGCAACAUGCCAACUGCAGAGAUACCCGGAACCACAUCUAGGCAAGGGACCACUUCAGAAGUUGGUACGACAGCUGGCCAGAUGCCCACUACAGAACCCUCUGGAACCACAGUUGUACAAAUGCCAACCACAGAGGGUACAGCUACUACCUCUGAGCAGCCACUGACCUCAGCGGUCCUAGAUACCACACUGGCAGAGAUGUCAACUACAGAGGGUAUCAGUACCACAGCCACAAGGCCCUCUGCAACCACGGUUGCACAAGUAACGACCAUGGUGCUGGUAGAAACUACCACUGAAGACUUAUCCACUCCUGAACCUGAGGGUCCAGAUGCCAGCCCAUUUCUGCCUACAGAAAGUUCUACAGGGUCCAUCACCCCUCUCCUGGAUGGCACAGACACCUUAAUGCUUGUGAAGAGACAAGUUCCCUUGGAUUGUGUUCUCUACCGAUAUGGUUCUUUUUCUCUCACCCUGGACAUUGUCCAGGGUAUCGAAAAUGCUGAGAUCCUGCAGGCUGUACCAUCCAGUAGAGGUGAUGCAUUUGAGCUGACUGUGUCCUGCCAAGGCGGGCUCCCCAAGGAAGCCUGCGUGGACGUCUCAUCGCCAGGGUGCCAGCUCCCUGCCCAGAGGCUGUGCCAACCUGUGCCACCAAGCCCAGACUGCCAGCUGGUCCUACACCAAGUACUGAAAGGAGGCUCAGGGACUUACUGCCUCAAUGUGUCUUUGACUGAUGCCAAUAGCCUGGCAGUGGCCAGCACCCAAAUUGUUGUUCCUGGUAGGUACUUGACAAGAACUAGGAGGAAGGGAAUGGACAGAGGGUUGCUGAGAGGGAAGAGAUGCUCAAACAGUACCUGGGAUUCUGCUUACAGGUCAAGAAGGUGGCCUUGGGCAAGCUCCGUUGCUUGUAGGUGUCUUACUGGUGUUGAUGGCUGUAGUCCUUGCAUCUCUGAUAUACCGGCACAGACUUAUGAAGCGGGGCUCGGUUCGUCCUGUUUCCCAAAUGCCACAUGGUAGCACCCACUGGCUGCGCCUGCCCCCAGUCUUCCGCACCUCCCGCCUUGGUGAAAACAGUCCGCUCCUCAGCGGGCAGCAGGUCUGAGCGCCCUCACCAUGUUGUG